CCUGGGGCCGGACCCUGCUCUGACCUUGCAGGCUGAGGACCUUGACCCCGGCUCGGCAUGCCUCUGAGCCUCAAUUUCCUUAUUUGUAAAGGGGGAGCAGCCCCAUGGAGGGGAGUGUCCACGCUGGCCCAGGGGCAGUCCCCGGCUCCCACAGUGCACCCCGCAGACUGGAGUGCAGCGGGCAGCCGGCCUGGCCCCCGCCGCAUGCACUGGAGCAGGAGGGAUUGCUGCAGGCAGCAGUUCCCCAGGGCUCCGCACACUGGGCUGGGCUUGAGGGAAGCACCUGUUGUGCCCAGGCCGCAGCCAAGGGGCUGGGUGGACGCCGUCUCUGUCCACUGCACCCAGCACGCACUCAGGGUCGGGCUGCCUGGACACCGCUGCCAUCACAGCCCCGGAGCCUGGGAAUCCAGGCCCAGAGCCGCCUGCCAGGAAAUUCCCAGAGUUCCUGUGGGCCGAGUCAGCCCGGGUGUCCUGGGACACGGCCCGGAGCCGCGGGGAGUGACCGCUGGGCCCUGGCCAGGUUUGUCCAGCGUCACCAGCGCCAGGGGACUGGCAGAGCCACCCAGGGGUGAGGCCGCUGUGGGCCAGCGCCUGGGCCAUGGGCUGAGCCUGAGGGUGCCGGGCCCACAUGGAGAGCCUGUCAUUGUCAGGGAAAAACAAAAGCAGAGCCGGGGCAGGCAGGUUGGUUCAGGACAAGCCCAGGAGGGACCACCAGCCACUCUCCCGCAGGACCACGAGGCGGAAGCGAAAGGAAAGGCCAAGCCGGGCCUUCGGGGGACUUCAGCGGACAGGAGCUGUGGCCCCUGCCAGGAUCGGCCUGAGAGCGCAGGGGGUGGGGCCACCCAGAGCGAGGGAUCAAGGGAGCGAGGGGCGGGUCAGCGGCCUCGCCCUCAGCAGCAGGGCGUAAGGAGGCCUCUGGGCGGUCGCCAGCCUCGCCCCAACCGCCCAGUCAUCCCCACGUCGCAGGAAGCCUUCCACGCCUUCCACCAGGACCUCAGCUUCGUGCGGAAGUUCCUGCGGCCCCUACUGAUCGGAGAGCUGGCCCCGGAGGAGCCUGGCCAGGACGGACCUCAGAACGCCCGGCUCAUCGAGGACUUCCGAGCCCUAUGCCAGACAGCCAAGGACAUGCACCUGUUCGAGGCCGACCCUGGCUUCUUCGCCCUCAUGCUGGGCCACAUCCUGGCCAUGGAGCUGCUGGCCUGGCUGCUCGUCUACCUCCUGGGCCCCGGCUGGGUGCCCAGCACGCUCGCCGCCCUCGUCCUGGGCAUCUCCCAGCACGACCUCGGCCACGCCUCCGUCUUCCCCACGCCCCGGUGGAACCGCGUGGCCCAGCAGUUCGUCAUGGGGCAGCUGAAGGGCUUCUCGGCCCACUGGUGGAACUUCCGCCACUUCCAGCACCACGCCAAGCCCAACGUCUUCCACAAGGACCCGGACGUGACGCUGGCGCCCGUCUUCCUGCUUGGGGAGUCCUCUGUGGAGUACGGCCGGAAGAAGCGCAGAUACCUGCCCUACAACCACCAGCACCUCUACUUCUUCCUCAUCGGCCCCCCGCUGCUAACCCUGGUGAACUUCGAGGUGGAGAACCUGGUGUACAUGCUCGUGUGCCUGCAGUGGGCGGACCUGCUCUGGGCCGCCAGUUUCUACGCCCGCUUCUUCCUGGCCUACAUCCCCUUCCACGGAGUCCAAGGGGCGCUGCUGCUCUACGUGGCCGUCAGGGUCCUGGAGAGCCACUGGUUCGUGUGGGUCACGCAGAUGAACCACAUCCCCAAGGACAUCGGCCAAGAGAAGCACCGAGACUGGGUCAGCUUGCAGCUGGCGGCCACCUGCAACGUGGAGCCGUCGCCCUUCAUCGACUGGUUCAGCGGGCACCUGAACUUCCAGAUUGAGCACCACCUCUUCCCCACGAUGCCCAGGCACAACUACCGCAGGGUGGCGCCGCUGGUCCAGGCGCUGUGUGCCAGGCACGGCCUUCUCUACGAGGUCAAGCCCUUCCUCACCGCCAUGGCGGACAUUGUUGGGUCCCUGAAGAGGUCCGGGAACGCCUGGCUGGACGCCUACCUCCACCAGUGACUGCGGGAGCAGACUGGGCCGGGACCCGCGCGGCACCCCAGGAGCCGCUGCCUGCCCUCCCGAAGCCCUGUCCAGUGGAGCCCUCAGAGCGGAGGGAGGGUGCAGAAGCCACACCUCAGCACAGCACGUUUUUCCACACCAGAAUUGGGGAAAACUGUUAUUUUUAUAUAAAAGCCAAGCCAGCUUUACUGUGGAGCAGAGCGAUGAAUGUGCAUGGAUUUAGGGGCGGGGAUCUGCCCGGCUCUCAGAGGCUGGGAGGUCUCGGGGUACCAGGGGUGGUGGCAGAGUGCAAGUGUCUGUUUAGGGCAAUUCCCGGGCAGGGUCACUGCACCAGCUGCAGGCCCACUUCCCUGGGGCACCCUGUGGUCUGGACGGAUCCCUCUGGGAGUGGAAAGGCCCACAUGCUGCAGAGCUUCUUCUUUCCCUGCCUGCCGUGGGCACGGGGCUGGGGAGAUGCUGUGCCUCCGCCCAAGGCCCCUCCACAGGUGGCUCAGCCUGCGAACCCCAUCCCAAGGCCUGAGCCCCGACGCUGGCAUGACCGUGGGUGUCCAGGGCAGGCCCCUCAGCCCCGUGCUGUCAAGAGUGCUGUGUGGCUCCCAGGCCUCCUUCUGGGAAGUCCCCUGCCCAGCCUGGGCCAGGGCGUGUGGGGGCACCCUCGUCUGCUCACAUCAGUUGCCCCCAGGCCACGGAGCCUUCACCCUCUUCCUGGGGCCUAGGGGCCUGGCCACGCUGGGGUGUGGGGUGUGGAGGGCCCUGGCCACGACUUGAGGCUGUGCGGCCUGGGGGAAGUUAUUCAGCCUCUGACUCUAGUGCUACCUCCUAGGUGAUGGAAAAUAAAAGGAUCACAUUUUGUGCCCUUGGUCCACCCCUU